UCCUUCCUGAUCCUACUCUCUCCUCCAAGAAAACCAAACUCAAAUCAAAACCCACAAGCAAAUUAACAAACCCACCAAAGACAAAACCAAAAAAAGCAGAGGAAGUUUCUUCCUUUAAACAUAGUGAAGCUCCUUCUUCAAGCUUCGUUUCCCUCUAUCUUUGCUUGAAAAAGUAACAUAAAUCCUGCAAACUACACUCCAAAUUCAUAAACAUUGAAGAAUGGAUCAAUCUCCAAAAGAUCCCUACUACAGAGAAAACACCACCGGAAGGGUUACCUCAGCUUCCUCCUCCUCCUCCGUUUCCACCACCAGCGUCCACGUGACUGCCCUUGACGGUCUCGUCAACGUCAACUCUCUUUUCACAAUUGCUGUCUUCGUUGGACUCUCUCUUACCACCCCAGGCCAACGCAGUCUCGAGAAUCGCUCCGCCUGUGAUGCUGGCAUCGACGUGGUGAAAAAACUCCUCGUUUUUGAGGUUGUGUCCUUCAGUUUCUUCCUCUUUUCCUCCCUAAUCGCUCAAGGCUUGAAACUCGCCAUCAAUUUGUUAAACAGUAAAGAUGUGGAUGAGGCGUUCAGAGCUCACAUAAAUCUGAACGUAUUGAGAUUUGGGAUGAUGGGUUCGGCGAUGGGAUCGGUGAUGGGUUGCAUCUUCUUGGUGCUUUCAAUGGUGAAUGUGAUUGAGAUUCGGCUGGGGAUGUUGUCGUGUGGAAGUAACAGUGCGGUUCACGCGGUUACAACAUUGGUCCUUCUGGUUUCUUCUGCUCUCUUAAUUUAUAUUUCCACUGCUGUUUAUGCUUUUCUGCACUAAUUAUCUUAUGGCUUCUCAACUACGAACUUGAGCUGUGUGUGUAAGCUUGUGGAAAUGAGAUUAUGGUAUGAUCUGUUGGAGAAUGUA